UGCGACACCUCGAAUACGGAUAUCUAUCUUUUUCCGCAUCCGCAUCCCAACGCUCCAGCUUUGCCUAAAAUGCUAAAGGGCAGCACACUGAAAGCCCUGGACGUCAGAAUCCUACGGCCCCUUAUUCAAACAAGGUCAGCAGGUAAAUGUAAAUUACAUAACCCGAGGCAGACGCCAACCCGUAAUAUUUUGAUUGCAAAAUUGUCCGUGUCACUCAGAUUGCUCUUCUCCUGUUGCAGUGGAGGCCACCAGCGCAGUUACUCCAACAGCAUCCACAGGUCCUACAUCACCUUCAAUGAUUUCCGCAACAAGCACCGCUGGUACACCAAAAAGGAGCUCGUGGGGUACUCCAUGCAGGACAUGUACAGCGUGGUCUCCGACGUCAGCAACUACCACAAGUUUGUGCCGUAUGUGAAGCGCUCCCACGUCCACAGCCAGGAGAAAGGAGGCUUCAAGGCGGACCUCAUCGUGGGCUUCCCGCCGCUCAGCGAGUCAUACACCUCGCAGGUCACCCUGGUGCCGCCCAGCUUGGUGAAGUCAGAGUGCCACGAUGGACGCCUGUUCAACUACCUGCUGAACGAGUGGCGAUUUAGUCCGGGACUCAAGGACAUACCCAACUCGUGCGUGCUGGACUUCAAGGUCUCCUUCGAGUUCAAGUCACUGCUGCACAGUAACGUGGCCAACCUAUUCUUCGACCUUAUCUGCGACCAGAUGGAGAACGCGUUCAUCGAGGAGGUGCGUCGUCGGAGCGGCCCACCCUCGAUCCGCUCGCACGUGCUCACCUCGCAGCGAUCUUGACCAAGGGGAGUGGUCGUCUUUUUAGUGAUUUAAGUUGAACUUGUGUACAUUGCGUUGACAUACCUCUUUGUUAGAACAAUUAACCAAAUUGUAAAUAAAUUGUCUAUCGAUUUGUGUAUAAACGGA